UCUCGGGGAGGCGGCGCAGCCCUCCCGGAAGUGGCUCCCUGUGUGGUUUCUAAGGGAGCAGGAAGCGGACCGGAUUGAGAGCAGGUGCGGUGGCAGAGGCGGCGGACCCAGCCCGGAACCGGCCAUGUCGGCCUUCGACGCAAACCCCUUUGCGGACCCGGUUGACGUGAAUCCCUUCCAGGAUCCAUCAGUCACCCAGCUGACAAAUGCUAACCAGGGAGGCAUGGAUGAAUUCAAUCCAUUCACCGAGAGCUCUCGGUUGACAAACGUGGCUCAGACCACUCCGGCGACACAGCCCACGGGGCCGCCGCGGCUUGGCCGUGCUGCAGCCCGUCCGUGGAGACCCACUCCCCAGGCUGUGGCUUCAGCUGCACAGGCCGGCCUUCUUCAACAGCAGGAGGAGCUGGAGCGGAAAGCCGCCGAGUUGGAGAGAAAGGAACGCGAACUACAGAACAGCGCGGCAGGCUUCGACCCCAAACAGAACAAUUGGCCUCCGCUCCCGAAGUUCUGUCCCGUGAAGCCCUGUUUUUAUCAGGACUUCUCCACAGACAUCCCAGCCGACUACCAGCGAAUCUGCAAGAUGCUGUAUUACCUGUGGAUGCUUCACUCGGUCACUUUGAUGCUCAACCUGCUCGCCUGCCUCGCUUGGUUCUCAGUGGAGCCCGACAGAGGUGUGGACUUUGGCCUGUCCAUCCUGUGGCUUGUCCUAUUCACCCCCUGCGCUUUCCUCUGCUGGUAUCGGCCAAUCUACAAGGCUUUCAGGUCUGACAGCUCCUUCAGUUUCUUCGUCUUCUUCUUCGUCUUCUUUUGCCAAAUAGUGAUCUACAUCAUCCAGGCUGUCGGGAUCCCUGGCUGGGGGGACAGCGGAUGGAUUGCUGCGUUCUCUGAAAUCCGGACUCACUUGGCUGUAGCGAUCAUCAUGAUGGUGGUGGCCUCCUUUUUCACCAUCUGCUCCGUUCUCUCUCUCUUCCUGCUGAAGCGGGUCCAUUCCCUGUAUCGUCGGACCGGCGCCAGUUUCCAGAGAGCCCAAGAAGAAUUCUCUCAAGGGAUCCUCACCAACCGGAGCUUCCAGAACGCCGCCUCCGGGGCAGCCUCUACAGCGGCUCAGAGCGCUUUCCGGGGAAACUAACCCCUCUUCCCUGCGAAAGGGGCCUGCGUGGCGUUCCCUCCUCCCGUCUCUACUGUUUUAGGGAGCACUUCCCUCACGGGACCCAGUCUCGGCUCCAAAAUCCAGGCAAGAAGAAGAUCACGAACCUUCUUGCCGCGUACAUCGCUGUCUUUCUUCUGGGAGGCAGCCAGAGCCUAGUCUCUCUCCCUUGCCCUCCCCUUUCCUCCCCGCCCCCCGCUUUUCCCUGAAUCAAAUACAUCUCCCUAUUUUUAAAGACAAAAUCGUGGAUGCGUUCCCUGUUUCUUCCCCUUCCCGUCUUCCCUCCUGGUGGGAGGGAGCCCGUUUUGCACUUCUUAACUUCUCUUCCGCUUUCUAGCUCUCGUGGAGGACGACUGAUCUUUCUCAACCGAGCCCCCUCGGAGGGGCACCGUUGGCGUUUGCUGCGCACUUUGCUCCCCUCUCUUCCCCCCUCCCCCGCCCAGCCGAUUUUGUUUUUGUUUUUGGUUGGUAGGUUUUAAAUUAAUUGCUGACUCUCCGCUGCCAGACAGUGAGGGGUUUUGAGCGCCCGUUUCGGCGCCAGCCUGUUUGGUGGCGUCAGGGGACGUGAGCCAAGCAAUCGCCCUUGCUUUCGUCAUGCCGGUUUUUUUUUUGACGCGUGAGUUUCUCCCAAAGAUUUCCCCUGCGGGACACAAAUCCGCCCCGCCCGCACCUCCAGGAAAGGGUCAUUAUUGCCUGUGGAGUUACCUGGCGGCAGUACAUCUGUCACCGAAGACUUCUAUUUGGGAAUGAUGGCAUUUGGGAGGCUAUUUCUGGACUCCAUGGUUCUUAUAGGGAUAGCAGUGUUGAGUAACCCAGUGGUUUCUAGCUGAUGCAUUUUCUUGGGAUCUAGACAGCGGGGGAAGCUGAAGAAAUCAAGACACGAAACCAACUUGGAGGGGAAAAGGACGAUUACCCUAGAACGAUCCAGUUCAGUGUUUUUUAAUUUUGUUGGCAUUAAUCUAGUGCUGAUUUUGGUUCCAACCGUUGCUUCCCCAUCCAAAAUUCUCCCUUCUUUACCCCAUCUCCGAACCCCCUUGGGAGCCAGGGAUUCUGGGAUAGCGGGAAGACGCAUGCAAGAAAGAGAGGGUGUUAAUGGUUAGCUGAAGCGUUUUGUUUCCUCAAGGUGGGCUCGCAGACACCUUUUACUCACUCCAGAUGGCCGCGUUUGCUCUUUCCUGGCCAGGGCCCGCUUUGAGUGACACCUGUCCUGAAACCGCCCCAGGGUGGGCCCAAUUCAUGCCAUCUCAUUGAUGGAUCUGUCCGCAGCAAGCAGACACAUCUGUGGAUUUCAUAUCCCCAGGGGAAUUUGAGAGGCGGCGAGACCUCGCCCACCCCAGUCUUCGCAAAUCCUCGGAAUGAAUGCUUGUAUCUUUCUCCGUAGACAUGGGGGUGUGAAAAACAGACUCUUCCCCACGGACCUAGCGUAUGAAUAGAAAGACAGGUCAUAUUUCCUGAUAAGUUAAAACGGGGAAGAAACCAGAACCCCUUCCCUGGAUUAAAGGUGGCGGGAAAGGGAGGGCCAGAAGCCACGGCAAUAAAAAUUCGAUGCGAGGGGCAGAGCGGAGGAGUUUCAAGAAAUCCUGUGCCGCGUAUGUGAGAGAUCCAGGAUCUUUGCUGCAAACUCAGGCAGCGGCUUCAGGAGCUGUAGAAAUGCCUUGAGAAUACAGCACAGGGCACCCCGGGAGCGCCGUUUCUCUCAGCCUCUGUGAACAAAUAGACGCAAGAGCAAAAGCACUGCUUUAAACCACUCGCUUGUGUGAUUCUUAGGCAAAUCCAGGUGGCCGUCAGUAGCAGACACGCUAUAUAGUCCGUCGCCCGGUUUCUUCCUCUGCGCGCUCCUUAAAACGGAUCCGGAAGGCGCACGGAAAUUUGCCGUGGGAUAGGUUCGAUGCUGUUCAUAGUAGAUUAUUAAGCCAGUUCAGGAGAGUACGGCAGCCCUCCUCGGCUUUUGACCGUCGAUAGGAUCUUGUGUCUUUUGUUGAACUGUAGCACCUUUGACUGUUUCCAAACCUCGCCCUUGUGAGAUUUGCCGUAGCCGGGUACGUCCCAGGGCAGUAUCUUCUUCUGGCCUCGUCAUCUCUCUUGAAUGUACGUAAUGAUGGCAGAACUUGAGAUUUUAAUAGAGAAAUCCUUCCCUUCUCGGGUAUACUCUUCCACCUCUGAUUUCCCCCCCCCCCACCAUGUAAAAAUGUAUAUGUCAGAACUUUUGUGCUUAAAAUACAAAAUAAAGAUGACAAGACGGUUA